AUGGGUCUGUGCACAGGUGUGACUGUGGAAGCUCCAUCCAUCGAUCCAUGGCUCAGAGACUCAGUGACUGUGCGGUGUGUGGGGUCGACUGUAGACAUGACACAGAUGAACCUCUACAAAGAUGACAGAAUGGUGACAGAAGAUCACUCUCAUCAGAUCACAAGGACACACACCACAGUGGAGCUGAACAUCAACUCAGUGUCUGAUACAGAUCAAGGAAGUUACACAUGUGUGAAAAAUGACAAGACAAUAUAUGGUCAGACAACACUGCGGGUUAUAAGGAGGCUUCGUUAUAUUUGGAUAAGAGCUUCCAGCACGACUGUUCCAGUCCAGGGCAGUGUGACUCUGGAAUGUUCUGUAGAGGGAUUUACAAACCCUCAGUGGCUCAGACGCUCUUCAUUUAAUGCCCCUGACUUUGAAAUACUGAAUGUGCACACAAGUAUUAUCCAUGUAACUCGUGGAGGAGUGUACUCCUGCAGAGGGGAGGAUACGUUGAUCAUCACUAAAGAAAGUGAUGCAGUCGACAUUUGGGAAACUGGUCAACCUCUGCAGAUGCCUUCAGGGGCCAGAAUCAGAGACACAGUGACUCUGCGGUGUGUGGGACCCUCCAACAAACACCUGCACUUCUACAAAGAUGGAGUCAUAAUGAAACCAGACACAAACCAUCAGUUUAACCGCACAUCUGAAACAACAGUGGAGAUGAUAAUCCUCUCAGUCUCAGAAUCAGACCAGGGCUGGUACUCCUGUGGGAUCGAUGGAGAAACACUGUACACAGGGCAAAGUCUUACAAUAUACACAGGCAGAAGUAUUAAUCUGAGCACAGACAGGUUCUUCAUCCCAGAGCGUGGUGGGGUGAGGCUGAGCUGUCAGAUACAAUGGAUUCAGAAAUAUCAAUGGAUCAGACGAACUUCUGCUCAUACUUCUCACUUUGAGAUCUUAAAUGAAGAUACAGCCACUAUCUCUGUACAUCGUGGAGGUGUGUACUCCUGCAGAGGAAAAGAAGAGCUGAUUCUCACACCUGAAAGUAACUUUGUCGACAUUUUGGAGACUGGUCGACCUCUGCAGAUGCCUUCAUGGGCCUGUCUCAGAGACUCAGAAUCAGACCAGGGCUGGUACUCCUGUGGGAUCGAUGGAGAAACACUGUACACAGGGCAAAGUCUUACAAUAUACACAGGCAGAAGUAUUAAUCUGAGCACAGACAGGUUCUUCAUCCCAGAGCGUGGUGGGGUGAGGCUGAGCUGUCAGAUACAAUGGAUUCAGAAAUAUCAAUGGAUCAGACGAACUUCUGCUCAUACUUCUCACUUUGAGAUCUUAAAUGAAGAUACAGCCACUAUCUCUGUACAUCGUGGAGGUGUGUACUCCUGCAGAGGAAAACAAGAGCUGAUUCUCACACCUGAAAGUGACUUUGUCACCAUUUGGGAAACUGUGUCAAACAGAGCAGUGGUGCAGCCUGAGCCUGACUGGACAGAGGUGUUUGUUGGAGAGAGUCUGUCUCUCAGGUGUGAGGUGGAGGAUGAAGGAAACACAGAGUGGACUUAUAAAUGGAAUAGGACAGGAGUUAUGUUACCUACAACAGCCAGAGAAUAUGUCCUCUCCAAUGUGUCUGAGUCUGACAGUGGAGACUACAGCUGCAGAGGGACCAGAGGAGCAUAUGAGCAAACACAGUGGAGCCAGGUGACCAAGCUGCAGGUGACCGAUAAAUCUGUCCCUGUCAUCUCUGCGUCUCCCUCCUGGUUGAGUCCGGGUGUCUCUGUCUCUCUGAAGUGUGACGUCACAGCGCCCUCUGCAGGAUGGAGGUUUUACUGGUACCGGGCUGUUCCUCUUCCAUCAGGCCUGUACUCAUAUGAACUGCUCACUGGUGACACCUCAGGGACUGCACAUGCCUCCUUCAGUGUUCAUGGUCUGAGCAGCACAAGAGGCUUUGUGUGUCGAGCUGCACGAGGGAGACACUUCUACACUGAAUACAGUCCACCGCGCUUUGUCUGGUCUGCAGAUGGUGGUUCCAGAGUGGCUCCAGAUGUUGUUCCUAACAGCUCACAACACUUCAUCAUGGACUCAGUGUCAGUGAGCUGUGGGCCCGACUCGUCAGAUGAAGAGUGGACAGUCCAGAUGUUUUCCCUGACCACACUGUCCUUACAGCAGUGUCACUCCCACACAACAGAACACAAACACACAUGUGAAUUUUCUGCACCUCAGGAGACCAGAGCAGUGUUCUGGUGUGAGUCUGGGUCUGGACAAAUGUCUGAUGCAGUCAACAUCACUGUUCAUGAUGCUGUGAUCCUGUUGAUCCCGGUGCUCCCUGUGCCUGAGGGACAUGACGUCUCUCUCACCUGUAAACUGGGACAGUCUGCUGCUUUCUCCUCUGUCCAUUUCUAUAAAGAUGGACAAUUAAUCCAAAAAGGACUUUCUAGACAACACAACAUCUCUGCAGUGUCCAGGUCUGAUCAAGGUUCAUACAAAUGUGAGCUUCAUGACUCUGCAAAAAAACUCCAGUCUUCUCCAGAGAGUUGGGCGUCUGUCACAUUGUCAGUGAAGGGGAGCGCUCCAGUUCUUGUGAUCGUGCUGGUUGUAGCUCUUGUGUUCAUUUUAAUUUUAAUCCUGCUGCUGCUUCUAUGGUGUUACAGAAACAAGAAAGAUAAGUGCUCUGAAAGGUCCCGUGCAGCCAAUCAGACCUCUGCUGGAGAUCAUGUGACACACACUUUAACUCCUGAGGAGAUCACCUAUUCCCACAUUGAACUUAAGAAUACAAGUUUGAAGAAAAAAAGGAAUCAGGAAGACACUUGUGUUUAUUCUGAAGUACGGACGCGUUCAGCAGCAGGAGUACAUUUAAUUAACAUCACAAAAUUAAAAUAUGACAGAAAAUUCAACUAA